AUGCAGGUAUGGAAGUAUAUGAAAGUAACAGAAUAACUGAAAUUCAAAUACCUGUUCAAAACUUCAAAGAGAGAGAGAUGGAAGCACAUUACUGCAAAUAUAAAGACAAGCUUAAAGAUAAACCUAAUAUACAACUUAAAGGACAUACUAGUUUAUGGUCUAGGGAAUUUAGAAAUCAUUUUGAAGAUAAAGAAGAUGACCCAUAUACUGCCUUGGAGCAAGAAGAUUUUGAAAAAUGUGACCAUGAGUGCAUUGAUGAAAUUCAUCGAAAAUCAAUAGAUGGUUUAUCACCAGAAAAAUCUUAUUGUGAUUUGCAACUAUUUCAUGAUCCAAUUAAAGCUUUGCCUCCAAGAAAGAAAGGAUAUUUAUCUAAUGAUGGACAUGUAUUUCUAUGUCAAGAUCCCAGGGUUGCUGCUUUUCAUAUCAUUUUUGUAUUAGAUCGAUCUGGAUCUAUGUGCUGUGAUGAUCAUCCACCAACGUCAGAUUCAUUAUUUGGAAGGUCAUUACAAGCAAAUUUCAACAACCGAUUUGGUGCAGCGUUACAAGCAACAGAUAAAUUUAUUAAGACACGGAUUUCUUCAACACAAAAUCAAAAUAAAAGCACAACAAUUGCCAAUGAUAUUGUUUCAAUUAUACUUUUUGAUGGCCAUUCUGAAGUUCUAUUUGAAAAUAAAAGUAUAUUUGAUACUGAUUUUAUUCAAGAUAAACUGAUUGAGAAAGGAAUCGGAGGAUCGACUUGUUUUCAAAAGGCAAUUAAAAAAACAGAACAAGUUAUUGAUAAUAAUUUUGACAUAUCAAGGUAG